AUGGAGAGCAGUUUGCCAGCUACCAAUAUGCCAGCCCCUUCAUCUUCUCCCUUGGAGAAACAUCCCAGCUCAGCCAAUGGUAAUGGAGAUUUUGAUUCAGAAGAAGGUUCAAGCUUGGAGGAAAUUGGCUUUAACUGGGGCGAGUACUUGGAAGAAACGGGUGCCAGCGCAGCUCCUCACACAUCAUUCAAACACGUUGAAAUCAGCAUUCAGAGCAACUUCCAGCCUGGGAUGAAAUUGGAAGUGGCCAAUAAGAACAACCCGGACACGUACUGGGUGGCCACUGUCAUCACCACCUGCGGGCAGCUGCUGCUUCUGCGCUACUGUGGCUAUGGGGAGGACCGGCGGGCUGACUUCUGGUGUGACGUGGUGAUAGCAGAUCUGCACCCCGUGGGGUGGUGCACGCAGAACAACAAGGCCCUGAUGCCCCCGGACGCAAUCAAAGAAAAGUACACAGACUGGACAGAAUUUCUCAUUCGUGAUUUGACUGGUUCCCGGACAGCACCUGCUAACCUUCUGGAAGGUGUACAUGCGUACACACAGCCUCUGCGAGGGAAAGGCCCUAUAGACCUCAUUACAGUUGAUUCCUUAAUAGAACUUCAGGAUUCUCAGAACCCUUUUCAGUACUGGAUAGUUAGUGUGAUUGAAAAUGUUGGAGGAAGAUUACGCCUUCGCUAUGUGGGAUUGGAGGACACUGAAUCCUAUGACCAGUGGUUGUUUUACUUGGAUUACAGACUUCGACCAGUUGGUUGGUGUCAAGAGAAUAAAUACAGAAUGGACCCACCUUCAGAAAUCUAUCCUUUGAAGAUGGCCUCUGAAUGGAAAUAUGCUCUGGAAAAAUCCCUUAUUGAUGCUGCAAAGUUUCCUCUUCCAAUGGAAGUAUUUAAGGAUCAUGCAGAUUUGCGAAGCCAUUUCUUCACAGUUGGGAUGAAGCUAGAAACAGUGGAUAUGAGUGAGCCCUCUCAUAUCUGUCCUGCAUCAGUGACCAAGGUUUUUAGCAAUCAUUUUUUUCAAGUGACUAUUGACGACCUAAGACCAGAACCUAGUAAACUCUCAAUGCUGUGCCAUGCAGAUUCUUUGGGGAUUUUACCAGUACAGUGGUGCCUUAAAAAUGGAGUCAAUCUCACACCUCCCAAAGGUUACUCCGGCCAGGACUUUGACUGGGCCGAUUAUCACAAGCAGCAUGGAACGGAAGAAGCACCUCCUUUCUGCUUCAAAAAUACAUCAUUCAGCCGGGGUUUCACAAAGAACAUGAAGCUUGAAGCCGUAAACCCCAGGAAUCCAGGAGAGCUCUGUGUGGCCUCUGUCGUGAGGGUGAAGGGGCGGUUGCUGUGGCUUCACCUGGAAGGCCUGCAGACUCCUGCUCCAGAGUUUAUUGUUGACGUUGAAUCCAUGGACAUCUUCCCAGUGGGCUGGUGUGAAGCGAAUUCUUACCCUUUGACCACACCUCACAAAAUAGUCCCACAACAGAAGAGGAAGAUUGCAGUUGUGCAACCAGAAAAACAAUUGACAUCCACAGUGCCUGUUGAGAAAAUACCUCAUGACCAUUGUCUAUUCCCUCACCUGGAAACCACAGGUCCUGUCAACGGGAAAUACUGCUGUCCUCAGCUCUUCAUCAAUCACAGGUGUUUCUCAGGCCCUUACCUAAACAAGGGGAGGAUCGCAGAGCUACCUCAGUCGGUGGGACCAGGCAAAUGCGUGCUGGUUCUGAAAGAGGUUCUUAGCAUGAUAAUCAAUGCAGCUUACAAGCCUGGGAGGGUAUUGAGGGAAUUACAACUGGUGGAAGAUCCACACUGGAAUUUUCAGGAGGAGACGCUGAAGGCAAAGUACAGAGGCAAAACAUACAGGGCCGUGGCCAAGAUUGUACGAACUUCUGACCAAGUAGCGGACUUCUGCAGACGGGUCUGUGCCAAGCUGGAGUGCUGUCCAAAUUUGUUCAGUCCUGUGCUGGUUUCUGAAAACUGCCCAGAAAACUGCUCCAUUCAUACCAAAACCAAAUACACCUAUUAUUACGGAAAGAGAAAGAAGAUCAUUAAGCCCCCAAUUGGGGAAAGCAGCAUUGAAAGUGGACGCCCUAAGCCAGCCCGGCGUAGGAAACGGCGAAAAUCCAUUUUUGUGCAGAAAAAACGGAGGUCUUCUGCGGUGGACUUUGCGGCAGGCUCAGGGGAGGAAAGCGAGGAGGAGGAUGCGGAUGCCGAUGCCGUGGACGAUGACACAGGGAGCGAGGAAACCGGCUCUGAGAUGCGGGAUGACCAGACAGACACCUCGUCGGCCGAGGUCCCCUCUGCCAGGCCCCGGAGGGCCGUCACCCUGAGGAGCAGCUCCGAGCCCGAGCGCCGGCUGCCCGUGGAAAGGACGAGACGGGGCCGAAGAGUGCAGGCCCCCUCCUGUGCCGAGGGCGGCGACAAGGGCCCGGCAGCCGGCCAGGACAAGGACACAGCACAGGAAACAAAGCAAGAGGAGGAGGAGAGGCUCAUUCUGGAGAGCAACCCGUUGGAGUGGACAGUGACUGACGUGGUGAGGUUCAUUAAGCUGACAGACUGCGCCCCCUUGGCCAAAAUUUUUCAGGAACAGGACAUUGACGGUCAGGCGCUCCUGCUGCUGACUCUCCCGACCGUGCAGGAGUGCAUGGAGCUGAAGCUGGGGCCCGCCAUCAAGCUGUGCCAUCAGAUCGAGAGAGUUAAAGUGGCUUUCUACGCCCAGUAUGCCAACUGACUCUACCCUCUGGGGAGGUGGCCCACUGUCUUGGCGAUACGGUGUCUGGGGAAGGUGUCCAGGACUGGAACUUUUAUUUUCCCCUGGAUACGUGAGAUGGUGCAUUCAGUCACCGGAAAGCACGAGGCACGAAGGACCUCCUUCACCCCCCAGCCUGUUUCAGAGUUCCAUGUGUUCAAAGCACACACCAGGACCACAGCAGUGGCCUCUGGAGGGUGUACAUUAAAGUUCUGUG